UACUGUACCCGAAUUCAGUUGUCUUGCUGAAGAGGUCAUCUUCAUCAAUUUACCCCUCUUUUUUCCAUUUCAAUUUCAAUUUUGUUCUGCAAAACCCUAGCUAUCUCUCUCAUAGUAGAUCAGGAUGACGAAGCAGCAAGCUAACUGGUCUCCUUACGACAACAAUGGAGGAACAUGUGUUGCGAUUGCAGGUGCUGAUUACUGUGUAAUUGCUGCUGAUACUAGGAUGUCCACUGGUUACAACAUUCUAACUCGUGAUUACUCCAAGAUCAUUAAAUUAGCUGACAAGUGCGUGCUGGCCUCCUCAGGAUUUCAAGCUGAUGUGAGAGCUUUGCAAAAAGUUUUGGCAGCAAGGCACCUGACCUAUCAGCACCAGCACAAUAAGCAGAUGAGCUGCCCAGCUAUGGGACAGCUACUUUCAAACACCCUAUACUACAAACGUUUCUUUCCCUACUAUGCGUUCAAUGUUCUAGGUGGCCUUGACAGUGAAGGAAAGGGUUGUGUUUUUACAUAUGAUGCUGUUGGAUCCUAUGAGAGAGUUGGGUAUAGUUCUCAAGGUUCAGGCGCAACUUUGAUCAUGCCUUUCCUGGACAACCAAUUAAAGUCUCCAAGCCCUCUCUUGCUGCCUGCCAAGGAUGCUGUAACUCCACUUUCUGAAUCAGAAGCCAUUGACUUAGUGAAGACAUGUUUUGCUUCAGCAACAGAAAGGGAUAUAUAUACUGGUGACAAGCUGGAAAUGCUCAUAUUAAACGCUGAUGGUGUUCGUAGGGAAGAAAUGGAUCUCAGGAGAGACUGAUUUCUGUUUUGCAUCGGAUUCAUGUGAUUUAUGUUUGAGUUGGUUCAGAAGACUCGAGUCAUCGAUACAUAUGGACAACAAAAUCCCAGGAAGACCCUUUCCAUGGCUGUAUGCACAUCAGUUGUUAAUUUGUUGAUCAUCUGUGUAUGUACUGUACUGUAAACUGCAGUUCCUGGAAAUGCUAUGCUGGACUAUAAAAGAACUUAUUGUUUGAACUUAUUUAGUUUGAAAACCUUACUCUUUA